AUGUCUGGCAGAGAGUUCUAUAAGGAGGAAGGAACUGUUACUAACACAGGUCCUAAGGGGGUGAUUAACGACUGGUGGAGGUUUAAAAUGGAGAGUGUGGAUCAGGGAUCUUUACCUCCUAGCAAGCGGGAACUCCUCAAACAGAUGUCGUCUGCGCACAAACCCAGAGAUGAUUCUCUCCGCACCCUCGAGUGCGAGAUGAGCGCGCCAGAGUGUGAGCGUCUGACAGAGGAUGACGACAGGUCCCUGAGUCAGUACCGCGAGCGCAGAAUGCGGGAGAUGCGUGAGCGGCUGAGUCUGGGCCCGAGGUUCGGGAGCGUGCAGGAGCUGAGCAGCAGCCAGGCCUUCCUGUCUACGCUGGAGAGGGAGCACCGGCUAACUCUGCUGGUGGUGCUCGUCUACAGGGAGUGCGUGGAGGGAUGCCGGGCGCUCAGCGCUUGCCUGGACUGCCUGGCAGCUGACUACCCCACUGUCCACUUUUGCCGCAUCGACGCGGCCACCUCGGGAGCCGCGGAGCGCUUCCCAGACGACGUCCUGCCCGCAGUGCUGGUGUACAAAGCCGGGGAGAUGCUGGUGAGCCUCCUGGCCGUCACGCAGCACUUCGGUGAGGAGUUCUUGGCUGCGGACGUGGAGGCUUUCCUCGGUGGGUACGGACUGCUGCCGGAGAAGCCCAGGGCGGGGGCUGCCGAGGACAGCAUGGGCCGGGGGGAGGAAUGGGUCUAG